UUUAAAAAAUAUCACUGAUCAAUCAUAAAGUGUUAUCUAUAAAAAGUACUUGAACCACUAAUACUCAGCUGCUUCAUUUUAAAAGAUAGAGCACUCUAACUCAUUCUCUUCAUUGUGAAAAUCUGAGUAGAAAGACCCUCCUCCAAGAUAGAUUUUGGAUUGUAACAAUGGUGAAUAUGCUGCUACAAAAACAUAAAGCCAAUCACUUGAAGAUAGGCACACCAAGUGUUUGACAAAAUGCCUCUAAGAAACUUUUUUUGUGUUUAGUUUUGUUCAUUGAAAUUUCCUUUCAAUGGUGGCCCAUGUAACUUGUUCUCGUUUAAUCUCCUCUUCACUAUUCAAUUUGGAACAUUUCACCCCCAACAACCCAACUAGAAGUAUUCUCUGUCAUUUUUUCUCAUCUAAAAUUUCACCCCCAACAAUCCAAAACUCUAAUUUAGCUCUAGUCAAUUGCCUUAUACAUACAUUCAAACUCACUAAAGCUCAAGCCUUUGCUAUCUCAGUUCCUUUCUCAUCACUUAAAUCCCCUCAUAAGCUUCAAUCAGCUCACAAGCUUCUCCUAGAACAUGGUUUAUCAGAAAAACACAUUCAAUCUUUGAUUCUAAGCUCACCCAAGAUCUUGUUUUCUGAUGUUGAUAAGGUACUCAGACCAAAGCUCCAAGCUUUGGGGAAGUUGGGAAUGGAUGGUUAUGAUUUGGGCAAGUUCAUUUCGAAGAAUCCAACGGUAUUGGCGCGAAGCUUGGAGAAGAAGUUAGUGCCAAGCAUUGAAAUUCUCAAAGACAUUUUGGGAAAUGAUGCAAAAGGUAAAGACUUCAUGAGAAUUUUAAGAAGUAGAUGGAUUUUGUGGGCAGACCCUCAAAGGUUAUUGGCUAAUCGCGCCUUUUUAGAGAGUUGUGGCGUCGUUGGGCCUCAACUCGUUUCGUUAUUGAAGAAAGAGCCUCGCAUUUGCCUUAUGCAAGAAACCGAGCUUAGAGAGCUUGUUUGUAGAGUGUUGGACAUGGGAGUUUCGCUCGGUUCAACUAUGUUUCCCCAUGCACUCCAUGCAGCCGGGGGCCUAAGCAAACAAACGCUCGAGAAAAGAUUCGAGCUUCUUGGUAAUCUCGGGUUUUCCAAGGAAGAAUCAUUGGAAAUGUUUAGAAGAGCACCACAUUUGCUUAGAACAUCUAACAAGAAGUUGGAGUUUGGAGUUGAUUUCUUCUUGAACACGGCGAAAUUCAACAAGUUAAGGUUGAUUCGAUCGCCUGCAUUGUUGAUGUUUAGCAUGGAGGGAAGGGUGAUUCCUAGGUACAAGGUUUUGGAGGUUUUGAAGAUGAAAAAGUUGUUUAAGAAUGGUCCUAGUUUUCAUACUAUGUUGGUGUGUUCUGAGGCUCAGUUCUUGGAAAAAUUUGUGUUGAAAUUCAAAGAUGAUGCAGAUGAACUCAUGGCUGCUUUUAGAGAUCAUAAUAAGUCUGAAUUGAAUUCACAUGAAUAAGAAUAAGACUUAGAAGUUUAAGGCUUUAUAUAACUGAAAAUAUUUAUAGAUAAAAAUAUUUUCUCAAGAAAAAAAUAUCACUUAUAAAUUAUUUUUAGCUUCCCCUUGACCGAGAAUAUAAGAUUUGUUGAUUUUUAAAUUAAUUUUUAUUUAAAUUAGAUUGA